GACACGUGUGGAUGCCAGCACAAGCGAAGCCAUCCCCUCUCAAGAAGCAAAAACCAAAGGGCAAGCGCAGAAGGUCAAGAGGACGCCAGGAUAGGAAGUUCAUGAAAAUCACCGAAUCUCCUCCGAUGAAAGCCCCGUGGGAAUUUGACUUUUACAUCUACAAUGGCGUCAUCGACAAGACAGCUGCCGACUUUGUGGCCUUUAAGCAGCAUUACUGGUUCGCUUGGGGAAACCUUUUUUCUCUCUUGGAACAAGUGGAGAAGUUUCUCAAGGACUAUGCCAUCCCAGAGGUCAAAAUCAAAGGGAACGACUUGGUCGCCAUCCUCCCCGAGUUCGAGCUGAAGAACAGGUUCACCAGGCAACAACUUCUCUCCGUGGUCGAGGACCCAGUUCGGGUCCAAAAGAUUCUAAACACCCCCGGCCAGAGGUACAAGGGCCAAGACGGGAAGCAAGAAGCCGCCCUGAAGAUCCAAGCCACGUGGAAGAGCUACAGGCAAAGGAAGCUCUUCCUCCUUCACCGAAAGCAGAAAUGGGCAUCGGGCGUGAUCGCCAUUGCCUGGCUCUUAUACUGCCACAGGGUGCGGCUGAGGAAGAUCCUGAAGGAGUCGCGACUCAGACACCUGGAGAAUUUCCGCGUUCGAGCCAAGCAUCUGGCAGCCAACUGGAAUCGCAUCAGGACCUCCAGGAGGACUAUUAUCCAUGUCCCGUCAUUAGGUUACCCCGAGUCUGUGCGCAGACACAUUGCCGACUUCAAGACACAGCAGAACAUGCAGCUGGGGCGGCUGUGUGAUAUUCUCGAUGACAACGUGAGUGUCAUCUACAUCUGCUCCCAUCGCAUGGAUGACGAGUUGCUGCUGUAUUACCAUAAAAUCCUGAGUCUGCAGGCAGCUGUCAGAUCGGGGGACCUUGAGGCCAGAAGUGACCUGCAGGACAGGUUCAAAAUUAUCACCCCUGAAGCUGUAAACAUCUUCACUAUGGUCGAACGGCUGAGUCAGCUGAUCACCGAUCACCUGGAAAUCCAGCGCUGGCUCUUUAAAAUAAACAAUGAGUUUGGAGGAAAUGGGACUGCAUUUUGUGACAUCCUCGCCCACCUCAAGUGCUACAAGUGGAUCCUCAAGGAGAGCAGCAAGUACAGCCAAGAGGACUGGCACAAGAGGUGGGCACAGGAGCCAGCGUUGGCGAGGAUCUCCGAGGAGCUGGCGGGCAUGUUAGCACAGCACGCUCAGCCAGUCAAUGGGAACCGGUUCCCGACGUGGGGGGCAUUCCUCCAAACGUUUCUCCGUCAAGGCGGUGUGAUGGAAGCAUUCCCGCCUGCAGACAGCAUCACCAACCUGACGGUGGACAUGCUGAUCGAACCCAACGGCCACAUCCGGAUGCUGUCAACGGGGGACCAGCUGCACGCGGACGGCCCCUUGAUCUCCUCGGGCACCACCUUGCCGCAGACCUCGGUCGACCCCCAGGCCCUGCAUUCUCUGUGCCUCCGGAUCGGGAAGGCCUGCAGAAAGAGAGACGUGGUUGGCUACUUCUCUAUCGACCUGGUGACUUUUAUUGAUCCAAGCACCCUGGAGCAGCAGGUGUGGGCCACAGACCUGGACUUCGCCUACAGUAACCAGCUAGCCCUGACUCAGCUCGCCUUGUACCUGACCAACGGCCGUCUGGAUUGCAACAUGAGCACCUUCGAGGUGCCCCGCUUUGUCCCGAAGAAGAAAAGGACCCACCUUGAGAUGCUGGCGAUGCCGACAUCGGCGACCUGUCGCUAUGCAGUAAUGACCACCCAGCUGAAGCACGACAACCUCUCCCUGGUUUUCCAGUAUGUUUUUUUCCAGAUCUGCAAGGCCCAUGGCAUCGGCUUCGACAUCGAGGACCGACAAGGAACCGUCUUUGUAUUGUUUGAGCACCUAAAUCGGAGCAGGCUGGGAAUGUUAACAAUCGGCGAGGAUCUCCAGGGGGUCCUCAUGACCUUUGCUCGCAAUCUCUUCAUCAUCCAUCAAGAAAUAUCAUCACCUAAUAUGCAAGGCGAGACCAAUUUUAAGACCAUCGUUGAAGAUGUGGAGGCCAUUCUGGGAGUAACAGAGGAAAACAAAAUAAGAUUUGCAGAAGACCAACAGUCGAAAGAUGACCCAAGAAAGCCUCUCAAAGCCUGCUAAGUGAUACCGGCUGCAUCCACAACGGGAGCUCCUGUCUGGAGGAAGGAAAUGAGAAAGCAAGACGAUUUCUUAUGGUUAGGACUAAAAAGUUCAUUCGCUUCAUUCUACCAGGAGGCAAAUCAGAACUUGGUAAGAUUGUAAUGGAAUGCUCUUCUUUUAUUGUUUAUUAAGUGAUUGCGUUUUACUGAUUAAACCCAGUGGAUUCACUUG